GUGAUUGUUUAUUAUUUUUUUUAUUGAGUUUUAGCAAGUUAUGAAAUUAAAAAGAGAAUUUCCUCAUGUGUCAUUAUGGAUUGAAAAGUUUUGUUUACUGUUUUAUUUAAUCGUUCACUUAAUUCUUAAUCUUUCAUCCAAUGGAAUUGAAUUUUUAUAGAUAGAUUUUGUGAAAUAUAAUUUUUAUUACUACGCACAUCACUUCUUGCGAUACUUCAGUAUCUCCACUUAUGAAAACAAUAUGAGCAUUGUUGAAGGAAUCGGUGACGAAGUUACAGUUUUUGCAGCAUUUAUUUUAAUCAUAAUUUUAGCUGCUACAGUUACAUUUUUCUUAAACGUAACACCUAUCGGCAAUGGCAGUUCUUCUCGAGACGUGCUUAUUGAUUCAAACUCGAAUGAGCUGGUAUCAGGUCCUGGUUCUUCAAGAAGCUUGGAGCACUCCCAAAGUAAUGAAAAUCGUGCAAAUAGAACCAGAGCCUCAGAUUUCUCUUCCAUUCAUUACGAACUAAUCAGAACUGAAGAUCAAAAUGGUACAUUGUCAGGUUCGUCUGAAGCUGAAGCAACAGACGACCCUGAAGAGCUAACUUCUGAGGGAGAACAUACCAAUACCCCAAUUUAUCCCACUAUUCCCGAUUCAUCUUCCCCCUCUGGAUUCUUCACCAUUCCUUCAGAGGAAGGAAGUGAAAGGUCAACAGAGCAACUUCAUUCUGAGACAGAUGCAACAGAACCACAGAGUUCACCGCCACCUCCUGGAUUCUUCACCCCUCCUUUGGGUGGAGAAAAUGUCAGAACAACGGAGCAGGAGAAUUUAGAACCUGGUGAAAUUCAUGUUAGAUUAAAAUCUUUAGAUGACACUGAGAGGACAGUGGUUUCCUUUCAGACAACAAGGAUAAUUGAUUUCAAGAGAACUCACUUUUCUGAAGACCUUGAGAAUAAUAGAACUGUUCGUUUAAUCUUCAGUGGCCAACUACUUCAGGAUACCGCAACAUUGCUAUCAUAUGGAAUAAGUGAAAACAGUGUGAUACAUGUUCAAAUUCUGUCUGCACAAGCAAGACAAAACACUUCCCAGUAUAGCCAAAACAGCGACUUAGACUUAAGUCAUUUGCUAUGGCCUCUUCUAUCAGUUAUUUUAGGAAUUUGUUGGAUACUUUAUUUCAAAUAUCCAGAUUUUUUCAAUUUGAUGUCUUUAGGCAUGUUAUUUCUCUUCACUGGAAGUUUCGUGUAUUUUUAUAGUCAAGUUCACAACCGAUAAUAUACAAAGAAUUAAAACUGUAUUGUCUGCUUGUAAAUUAUGCCUUAAGAUUCAAAUAUUAAAACUUGUAAAAAAAAAUCUGAAAAUAAAAGUUUUUGUAUUGUACAAAUA